CUCAACUGUACGUACACAAACCUGCUUCCUGUUUACGUUUGCCGAGCACUUUCACAGUGCGAGAAGAAACAGGAGACAUCGCAAACAUCACCUGGAGACAGGCUCCUCGUUAGUUUUGUUCAGACCUGUCGCUGUCCGUGCCCCUGCAGCCGAUCCUGUCUGUUAGACAGGCCGUUUCAAUGCAUUUCAGAGAAGCUUUACCGCCGCGCAGAUGGACGCUGUUGAUCUGUUUUCAAGCUGCAGAAAAGGCGACAUUGCCAGAGUGAGAUACCUGGUUGAACAGAGGGAUGUAGAACUGAACAUCAGAGAUAAGUGGGACAGUACACCUCUGUAUUAUGCAUGUCUCUGUGGACAUGAAGAACUGGUGCAGUACCUGCUUGCCAACGGAGCAAAGUGUGAGGCCAACACGUUUGACGGUGAGCGCUGUCUGUACGGAGCGCUGAGCGACCCCAUCCGCCGCCUGCUCAAAGAGUACAAGCGCAUCACUGCGAAGGCCAUGCAGAGAGACUAUUACGACCAGUUCCUGCAGACGCUUUUGGAGCAGGGAAGCUACAGCGAUGUGACGUUUAUGGUGCACGGUGAGAUGUUCAAGGCCCACCGGUGUAUCCUGAGUGCCCGAUCAGAAUACUUCGCACACAUGCUGGAGACCAAGUGGAAGGGGAAGAGUGACAUUACCCUCAAACAUCCACUGGUCAAUCCUGCUGCAUUUGGUGCAAUCAUGCAGUAUUUCUACACCGGGCGUUUGGAUAUAGAUGUGAACUACGUGGAGGACUGCAAGCGUUUGGCGAAACAGUGCAAGAUCAGCGAGCUGAUUGAGGAGCUGGAAGUGAAGUGCAAACAGGUUUAUGAGUUUGUGUCUAAUAAGCCCGGGACGUGUGUGAAGGUGUUGACUCUGGAUCCUCAUGACUUUCAGCUGCAGGAUGGGAUGGCUCUGCUGGCUGACAGUGCACUUCCUGCCGAGCUGCGGGUUGGAUACGGUCAGCUUCCUUUCGAUCUAACUGAUAGUUUUCCGAGUUAUCCUGAUAUCUGCUUCCGGGUGGAGGGUUAUGACUUCCUGUGUCAUAAGGCGUUUUUCUGUGCUCGUAGUGAUUAUUUUAAGGCUCUGCUGGAGGAUCAUUUCAGCGAGGGGGAAACUCUCCAGGCUCAUCCCAGUAUUCCUGUCAUCACCCUUAAUGAUGUGUCUCAUGAUUUGUUUUCAAGAAUCCUUUACUACAUCUACAGUGAUAACACUCAGCUCACUCAUGAGAGUGUGUAUGAGGUCCUGUGUGUGGCCGACAUGUACCUGUUGCCGGGGCUGAAGCGUCUGUGUGGCAGGACUCUGGCUGUGCUGCUCAAUGAGGAGAACAUCCUGCACAUGUGGAAGACGGCCAAACUGUUCCGGCUCUCACGUCUGGAGGACCAGUGCACUGAAUACAUGGCCAAGAUCAUAGAGCGGCUGGUAGAAAGGCCAGAGUUUGCUGAUAUGAUCAGAGAGGAUGCUGGGAAUGUGGCGGCCAGGCAGGAGACUGAUUCCAUCCCUCUGGUAGAUGAGAUCCGCUUCCAUAUCACCAGUAACGUUCAGACGUACAGCGCCAUCGAGGAGGCCAACCAGAAACUCAGCGCCCUUGAGCUCCUGCUGGUCAGCAUCGGCCUGGAGUGCUGAAAAACAACAAGAAACUUGAGCUCGGGAGAGAGCGGGACGCUGACAGAUUGAUCAGAUGCUUAUGUAAUGCUUUACAUGCACAAUUAAUCUGUAGCAAACUAGCACCACAUUAGCAGUAACAAACUAAUACGGUCGAUUCUAACCAAAAACAUGCAUAUAUAGAGUCAAGAUGUGCCUGUAGUGAUUCAGCUUCCUGUCUUUAGCUGUUUCUGUUGUUUUAUUAUGAACAAAAAGAGAGACGAAUUGACAUUUGAAUUAUUUCACUGGUAGUGAACCUGAUAUAUCAGAACAAGUUGAUGUUAGCGCUCUUUGUGAUCCACUGUUCAGCCUUCCACAUGCAUCAUGACGGAUGUAGCAGAAUAUGUAUCAAGCUUUAUAAGUUGUGAAGUGUUGCGAACACAGAGUCAAAACCAUACGGUUUAGCUGUUACAUCCCUGAUUAUGAAUUCGAGUCAAUGAUUAAUAUAGGAUGAGGCGAUUAAACUGGGAGAGAACGAUUUAUUCACAUGCAUGUAAGAAAAGGUGUGCAUUGAAUAAUAGUGUUUUUGAGAAGUUACAAUUUGAGAUGUUUUCGUGAUAGGACUGAUAGUUAUACAGUCAUCCAUUUUUGAUCCAAGAAUGAAUUACAAAAGGAUUUCAUUUUGUGUGAUAGUUCAAGCAAGUGGACGAUUAUUUCUGCCUCUAAAUGUAUCUUCCAGCACUGAUAUAGAAGUUUUCCAGCUUUGCAUCCGCAGACUUCUGCUAAUGCGCCUGAAAAAUCAGGAAAUGUUCUCCUAAACCUGUCUGUGCUUAAUUUUUCUCCACCUAUACAUUUUUACUCCUGCUUUUGUUUUUCCUGGAGUGCUUUGAUUUUAUUUCAUAGUCUUUUAUUUAAUGUUUUUUAUGUUGGUCUUUAAGCAUAUCCUGCACUUAUUUGCUCAGCAGCACUUGAUGAGUUUGUGUAUGUUUAUGUUUAUGUUUAUGUUUAUGAACUGUGUGCUCAGGAGAAAAUAUGACAAAUGAGAUUUGUGUUUGAACUUUAAUGAGUGUCCAAGUCAUAAAAUAUCUGAUGCGUUGGCAUUGCAGUUUCUUUUCCAAUGAUUUAUUGUGGGAUACUCUGACUGAAUGGGAUGUACGUAAGUGAGCAAAAAUAAAUAUUAUUUAAUCUACAUAUUA